AUGGAGUCAAUGGAGAUGUUAAGAACACCGAUGAAUGUAAAACCUGACGAAGAUGAAUAUGAAGAACCGGAGCAUACGAGAAAAAUUUUUAUCGGCGGUCUCGAUUACCGAACAACAGACGCGUCUUUGAAAAAAUUUUACGAACAAUGGGGGGAGAUAGUGGACGUCGUUGUCAUGAAGGAUCCUCAAACGAAGAGGUCUAGAGGAUUUGGUUUCAUAACUUAUUCUCACUCUCAUAUGGUUGACGACGCUCAAAGAAACAGACCACACAAAAUCGACGGGAGAGUAGUUGAACCAAAAAGAGCUGUGCCUCGUGAUGAGAUUAAAAGACCAGAUGCAAGUGCAACAGUAAAGAAAUUAUUUGUUGGUGGUUUAAAGCAAGACAUUGAAGAGGAAGAUUUAAGAGACUACUUUAGUUCCUACGGGAACAUAAUGUCUGUUAGUUUAGUCACUGAGAAAGACACUGGCAAGAAAAGAGGUUUUGGAUUUGUUGAAUUUGAUGAUUACGACCCAGUUGAUCGGAUAUGCUUACAGCAAACCCACAAAAUUAAAGGGUACUGUCUAGAUGUAAAGAAAGCACUGUCCAAGUCGGCAAUGUCGUCUGGUGGUGGCAGCGGGAGACGUGGUGGACGAUGGGGCAACCGACAGGGACAAGAUUAUGGAGAUUCUGGUUAUGGUGGUGGCUGGGGAAAUCAAAACCCUUGGGAUAAUUCCAAUAAUUGGGGAAAUCAGGGAUAUGGGGACCAAAGAGGCUGGAAUCAAGGUAGUGAUAACUUUGGGAGUGGAUACCAACAAAACUACAGUGGUGGUCCGAUGCGUCAGAACUUCAAUACCUCUCGUCAGCAACCUUAUAAUACAGGUGGAUAUAAUAGUGGAGGAGGGCAAAACUUCAAUAACAUGGCUUCGACUGGAGGAAACCAGCGUCGUUUUUAAGACAAACCAUCUC